AUGCUGCGAUCGCCGAUGGACGGCGUAGCGUCCUACGUCGAGUUCAGCCUGCAGCGCUGCAGUGAGGUGGACGAAGGCGACGAAGCUUGCAGCACUUUACGAAUCUGGCAGGCAGCAGAAGAUGGUAUCGGGUUCCAAGUGUGGUCGGCGGCACUGGCGCUUGCCCGGUAUCUCGAAGCCAGCAGGAGUUUGGCCAGCCUCCGCGUGUUGGAGUUGGGUUGUGGGCCUGGACUCCUUGGCAUUGCUUGCGCGCACCUUGGUGCUAGCGUCACCCUCACAGACAAAGAGUGCGUGCUACCUCUCACUCGCAAGAAUGUCGACUGCAACCCAGUGCCGCCCGGACGGACCAUUGGCGCUGUGCAGGUCAGAGAGUUGGCUUGGGGCAGCGACGUACAGGAGCCAUGGUGCGGAUGUUUCGACCUCGUGCUGGGGUCGGACCUCACAUACUUCGAGCACCUGCUCGAGCCGCUUCUUGUCUCAGUGCUGCAGGUUGCCACUGAAGGUACGGAAGUGCUGUUGGCCCAUGCGCACCGACACGCAUCUGAAUCGAAGAAGGAAAAACUGCAUAUUUGCGUUUGUACCGUCUUUGGUUCCUCUUCUGAAGUAAGAUGGCAGGAUCUGUUCGGUGAUCAUUUCGACAUCCGGCUGGUUGAGCGGCGGGAGCCCGGCUUCGAGAUGGCGAGGCGGAUGCGCAUUGGUGGUCACGUCGAUUCGGAGCCCUAUGGGGCAGCCCAGGAGUCCGUGCCCGUCUCGAUAUCCUGGGGGCUUCCGCCGUCCCGCGGGGAACAAAUCAUGGCAUGA